AUGUAUCAGGAAAGUUCAUGUUUUGAUCAUAAUCCAACGGUGGAAUCAAUCGUCGACAACAACGGCGAUUUCUGCGAGUCUCCGGCGAUGGAAACAGCUUUUCCGGUUAGCCACCAGUUCCAACAACCGCUCUUAGUCGCCGGAAGCUCAACAAACAGCUUCAACGACGACCUUAAGCUCCCAACAAUGGAGGAAUUCUCUGUUUUCCCUUCUGUUGUCUCUUUUCCAAACUCAGAAACUCAUAACCAAAUCAGCAACAACAACGACAACAACAACCAUCUGAUCCACCAAAUGAUUCACGAGUCAAAUUGGGCUGUCUCUGGAGACAACUCUGGAUUCUUCAUGAACACAUCAGAUCCAAACACAACAACAACUCCAAUCCCUGAUCUUCUAAGCCUCUUGCAUUUGCCUAGAUGCUCAGUUUCAUUACCAAGCUCGAACCUUUCUGAUAUAAUGUCCGGUUCUUGCUUCACAUAUGACCCUCUCUUCCACUUAAACCUUCCUCCACAGCCUCCAUUGAUGCCUGUUAAUGACUACUCAGGGUUCUUGCUUGGCACUGAUCUUACCAAUACUAGUCAAAGAGAUCAGGUAAAUGUUGGAGAUGAGAAUGAUAAUGCUGGAUUCGAUAGCGGAAUCAUUGAGUUUAGCAAAGAGAUUAGGCGUAAAAGAAGAGGGAAACAAAAGAACAAACCUUUUACCACUGAGCGUGAGCGAAGAUGUCACUUGAAUGAGAGGUAUGAGGCCUUGAAGAUGCUUAUUCCUAGCCCGAGUAAGGGAGAUAGAGCAUCCAUUCUUCAAGAUGGAAUCGAUUACAUUAACGAGUUACGCAGAAGAGUAAGCGAGCUUAAGUAUUUGGUUGAGAGGAAAAGAUGUGGUGGGAGACGCAAGAACAAUAAUGCAGUAGACAACAAUAACAAUUUGGAUGAUCGUAUUAAUGAGGAUGAUGAUGAUGAUGAAAACAUGGAGAAGAAGCCAGAGAGUGAUGUAAUAGACCAAUGUUCAAGCAACAACUCGCUGAGAUGUUCAUGGCUGCAGAUGAAAUCAAAAGUAACAGAAGUUGACGUUAGGAUUGUUGAUGAUGAAGUAACAAUCAAAGUUGUUCAGAAAAUGAAGAUCAAUUGCUUGUUGGUUGUCUCCAAAGUGCUUGAUCAGCUUCAUCUUGAUCUUCACCAUGUCGCUGGAGGACAGAUUGGUGAACACUACAGUUUCUUGCUCAACACCAAGAUAUAUGAAGGAUCAACAAUAUACGCAAGUGCAAUUGCAAACAGAGUGAUUGAAGUUGUGGAUAAACACUACAUGGCUGCUCUUCCCAUCAAUAACUAUUAA